AUGUCUGUCAACGGAGACUCGGAGCAACAAGACUGGCCGCGGCCGUCAUCAUCGUGGAUCGACAAGGUCCUUUUCCUCGGUACCGGUACCAGCGGACAAGUUCCAGCGAUUCACUGCGUCACCAAGCCCGACUUUGGCGAUUGCGCCGCUUGCAAGGACGCCACGCUCAAUCCCACCGGCAAGAACCGGCGAGGAUGCACAGCCGCUGCUGUAGUCGGUCGAAGCGCUGGUGACAAACAGGAAAGUACCAUCUUGAUAGACUGCGGAAAGACCUUCUACUCAAAUGCUGUCGUCCACUUUCCUCGCAACGGCAUUCGCGAGCUUCGAGCUGUCCUGCUCACUCAUGCCCAUGCUGAUGCCAUUCUCGGCCUGGACGAUCUGAGGGCAUGGACUAUGGGUGGCGUUAUCCAGAGGCACGUACCUAUCUAUCUUACUCAAGAAUGUAUGACGGUCGUCGAAGGUAUGUUCCCAUACUUGGUCGACCGAUCCAAGUCUACCGGUGGCGGAGACGUUCCAACGCUUCAAUGGAACAUCAUCGACAAGGACAAGCCCUUCACUAUUCCAGCGUCGCAAGGUCGAAAGGAAGUGCAUAUUCAGCCACUUCCUGUACUGCACGGCUACUUCGGCAGAUCGUCGCCUUUCUGGUGCCUUGGCUUCCGCAUCGACUCGUUCAGCUACAUCAGCGACUGCCAUGAGAUCCCCGCCGACACUUUGCAACUCAUCCGCGGCAGUCAAGCAAUCGUCAUGGACGCACUCAAGAUGGAUCGACAUCUCUCUCACUUUUCCUUCGCUCAAGCUCUUUCCUUCUUUGCCUCUUUUUCUCCACCCCCAGCUCUCGGCCUUCUCACCGACUUCACACAUCGCAUAGAGCACUACGCCACCCAAGAACAAGUAGACACAUGGCGAGAUGGUAUGUUGGCAGCGCAGCUUGCUGGCAAAGCAAAGUUGUCUCGAUCAGUCGGUGAAGGCGGAGGCACCAAGUGGUGGUCAGACAUUUGGGACGAGCGCGACAACGAACAUCAGAUGACCAUUCGCCUCAGGGAGAAGUACGACCCAAUAGACGACCACAACAUUUCACAGACAGCUUCGCACUACAUUCCGCCGAUAAAGUUGAGCUGGGACGGGCUGGUGGUACCCUUCGAUCCUCGCCGGUCACCGUCGAUGCCCUGA